UCUGUGCUUUUUAUUUUUCUGAUUCAUUCCUGAAUUCAGUAGUGCUAUUGGCUUGAUCGCCUUUAUUUGAAAAAAAAAAAAUAGGCGCUAGACAGUGGUUUCUAUGGCGUUGUGAAUUAUUCUACAUGAAAUAAGUUGAAAUGUAGUGCCUUAUUGGAUUUAUCAAGUAUAGUGUACAGUGAUGUACGUAGUGAUGUUAUAGAAUGUGAAGAUGAUCUCAUUGGCGUGCUGACAUUAGUUACGUUCUUUUCGGCGAUAUCUUGAUUUAACUGUAAUAAUCUUAGUCCAAUGACCUUCUGAAUAAUAUAGAAAAAUAAUUCAAAUUGGGGAAAAAUGAAGAAACAAUUUUACAGAGUAAAGCAACUAGCUGACCAAACAUUUUCAAGGUCUGGUAAGGGUGAAACUCUACCAGACGAAUUACUAACAGCUGAUAAAAAGGUGGAACAUCUAAGAAAUGCAUUGCAAUUAGUUAGCAAAAGGCUAGCAACUGGUGCUGGCAAUACACAGGGCCAAGACCCAGCAGCACGAGAAAAGAGAUUGAAGAAACUACCAGAAUAUUUAUUAGGCCUAUCUAUGUUAGAAGCUAGUAACUAUGAUGAUGAUGAUAGCAUCCUAAAGUACAUUUUGCAUGAAUGUGGUAAAACAGAAAAGUUUUUAGCAAAUGAAAUAGCAGAGCAUGAAUUAAAAGUUGAACAGCUUGUGUGUGCCCCGCUCACAGCUAUAGGUGAUACAGACCUACCGGCUAUAAUGAAAGCCAAGAAACAACUUAAUAGAUUGAUGAGUGAAAAGGAAUCAGCUUUAAGUCGAUAUAAUCAUCUAGAACGACAAAAAGAGGAGAAUCCAUCAAAAUUUAUAGCGGCAAGAGAAGAACUUGAAGAAGCAGGGAAUAAAGUAGAGUCAGCUCGAGAUGCCCUCGCCGCAGACAUGUUUGCACUUGUCGCUAAGGAAGCACAAUUGGCACACACAUUAUUGCAAUAUGUGAAGUUGCAGAGGGCAUAUCAUGAGUCUGCAUUGCAUUCACUACAAGACACAGUCCCGGAACUGGAAAGGUUUAUAAAUGACAGCUCAGUAAAGCCAGUGUUUGGCUACCCAUUGGAAGAACACUUACGAGUGACGUCGCGGACGAUCGCAUUCCCUAUAGAAAUCUGUGUGUGCACAUUAUAUGAGCUCGCUUUGAAUGAGGAAGGAUUGUUUCGAAUUGCUGGAGGUACAUCGAAAGUUAGAAGAAUGAAGUUAUCACUAGAUGCGGGCCUCUUUAACGUACCGUUACCACAGGACUACAAGGAUAUGCACGUAGUUGCGUCGGUUCUCAAGUGCUAUCUACGAGAAUUACCAGAACCCUUACUGACCUAUCGACUUUACGAAAACUUCAUUCUCGCCUCGCGACAACCAACGGAACAAGCGAGACUCAACGCUCUCUGGGAAGCUAUACACUUACUGCCCGAUGCUAAUUUCCAAAACCUUAGGUAUCUUAUAAAAUUUUUGUCUGCCUUGACACAAAAUCAAAGCACAAACAAAAUGACGCCAUCAAAUUUGGCCAUUGUUAUCGCACCAAAUCUAUUGUGGGCCGCUGAUGAGAGCACUUUCGACAUGAACAUAACUACAGCGGUGAACUGUGUCGUCGAGUUGCUCAUCAAGCACGCCGACUGGUUCUUCAAGGAUGACCUCAACUUCUUCAUAUCUUUCACCAAAGAGGACCUGCUUCCCGGUGAAGGUGACUAUGGGUUCAUUCCAAACUUUGUUCAGGGAUAUAACCAAACUGUCGUAAUUAGUCAGGAACAAUCCAAUGGAGACUACAAUAGUAUGAGUAAAUCGCUUUACGACUACAACAAUCAAAUUUCGCAAAAAUCUACCGUCGACGGCCCCGGCCGCCACUCGCGAAGUAACAGUCACGAUACUAGUUUAAUAUUGUUAGAAAAUGACAUGAAGAAAGCACAAUCGAACAGCUCGCUGUCCGAUCAAUCUAGUCCACCCCACGGUAGCCCGAAACCGAUACUGAGGCGAAAGAAUAAACCUCUGGCACCGGUUCCCCCAAACUUUACCCCUGACAAAAACAAAAAAGUCGAAGCACAAACUCAAAUCAAUGAACCCGCGAAGGAGCAAACGAACGUUACAAAAGAGAAUGAGAAACCGGCGAAACCUCCUAGGCCGGUGAUUUCCGACACGGGAAAGGUGAUCACGGGAGUGCAGACUAUCAACAGAUCCACAUACAGACAGAGUAAAGCUCUCAAAGAGGAGGCCAAUCGAAGCGGCAGCCGGGAGAAUCUGACCGACACCCGGAGGCAGAGUCUCGAGUUCGACAAGGAUAAGUUCGAUUUUAAACCGGUCGACAGGAAUGACAAAGAGUCGACGCUCGUGGUCAAAAACGUAACGGCACAGACCGGGGUGGUGGGCAGGAUGAAAAUAAUAGGUGAUACCAUCAGCGGGCCGGCGUCCCUCGGCGCGGAGCGGCCUACGGACAAACCGGUGCGGAUACAGAUCCCGAAGCCGAGCGGGCAGCCGCCGCCCCGGCCCGUGGCCGCGCCGCGCACCAUCGUGCCCGCCGUGGAGCCGGACGGCGAGGUGCAGCUGCGCCACAAGCCCGCCGUGCCCGAGCGGCCCGCCACGCUGCGCCCGCAGAGCUUCCGCGGCCAGCGCGCCUCGCUCUCCGACGCCGAGCCGCCCACCGUGCUGGAGCGCACGCACAUGUACACCGUGGACAAGCAGCACCCGACCGUUAUCCAGGUGGGGGGCGCGGCGGGGGCGGGGGGCGCGGCGGGCGAGGCGGAGGGCGACGCGCGCGCCACGGUGCAGCGCACGCACAGCUCGGGCGGCAAGGACGCGGAGCUGGAGGAGCCCAAGAGCCUGGGCGCGAGCCGGCAGCUGUCGCAGUCGGAGGGCAGCAUCACGGAGGGCGGCGCGCGGGGCCGGCCGCCGCGCCCGCUCGUGCCCGCGCCGCCGCCGCCGCCGCAGGCCGCGCCGCACAGCGAGAGCACCGACCUCUAGUCCUCCCUCCUAGUGUUACUCCAGUCGGUAGUUAAGCAAAGGUGCAAUCGUCCAAAUCGACAGUUAUGCUGGAUCCCGUGACGCUACACGUAAAAUAAUCGCAGGACGGUCCUCUAAAGUUUAUACGACCAUCGCUUAGUAUGAUGGCAAUAUUUAUAUUAUCGUAUGAGACUGAUGCCCUCUACUAUUUUUACACGGAUGGCUUUCGUAAAGACUAAAAGUACAGUUAUAUAUUACUUUGCGAAUAAUUUAUUUUUGUAUUGCGAAUCAUUAUUUUAGUAGAAGGAUAGAUGUGAUAAAAUCGUCGAUUACAAUUUGUAUUGCUUUUAUUAAACUAAGAUUGUAUCGGAGAUUUCUCUAUUGCUAUUGUCAGUCAACGCUAUAAUAAUAUUCUACGAACAUAUCACACGUCAAUUUAGCUUACGUAUUGGACGAUAUAAUGAUGCUUAUCUUGUAUGAUAUAGGUUACGUUGCAGCAAAUCUUUGUGAUAUUAGAGAUUGGUACGAGGUCUCGCGGCGGAAGGCGAGCGCACAAACGACGUUGUAUUAUUAGCAGCCAUAUUUUUAUAUUUUGACUUGACAGUGCAUUAGUUAUAGGCCACGCUGCAGUGAAUAUUAUUGUAGGCUAUACUAUCUAAUAUGUUAUGUAGUAUUUACGAAGUUCUUUAUGUGAUAUGCAUUUUAUUAAUAUAUACUGCAAGUAUACAAGCUUCUGUUGUAAGGAAUAAUAAAAUCACAAAAUUUUAAA